AUGCGCGCUGACAGCGACGGCUCGGACCGCACCAAUGACCGCAAGCACGCCAGCCCGCAGUCGCUCAGCAUUGGCAACGCGGCCGCCGACGUCUCGUCCGUCCUGGAUGACGGACAAAGCAAGGACACGCACAACUCGCAUACCAGGCGAUGUCGUGCAAAGGUUAAUUUAAAGUUUCAGGAACUGCUUAGCAUUCUGCCUACCCCGCCGCCCAAGACCGGUAUCAAACACAAGGCUCAGAUUCUAGAUUACGCUAUCCGCGUUUAUCGAGACAUUCACGCCCGCAAGACUUUGCUCGAGGCAGAGCUCGCACUCAGCUCCAGGUCCCAACUCAACGCCUGGGUUGACGGCAUUGUCUUGCGCUCCAUUUCCCUGCAAGAUGCCCUCGCACCCUACCUAUCCUUGAUAUGCACAAAGGGAGGUUGGAAGUACUCAGAGGCUUGGAUACCGGCUCAACAGCCCAUCCCCAGUCAACCCGUCCGGGGUAAGGUCGAAGCUGUGUCGGGGGAGAGCAAUGUCCUCACCCCGACCACCUUGCUUAGCGGCCCAACAGCCCGCCUCCGCCUGGGCCUGGCUGUAAUACCUUCGCUGGGUAAUACUGACGACCCUGACCUACAAACCAAGCUCGAGCGCUUUCGUGACAAGAGCCGUGCUUAUCAAUGUAAGGCCCGCGUUGACUUGCCGGGCCGCGUCAUGUGUACUAUGCGUCCAGAGUGGUUGCCUUCGCUAAAUGACCAAGAGGCCUUCCAAAGAGCACACCUAGCCCACAAUGCUAAUCUCGUUGUUUGCUUUGGUGUCCCAGUCUUCAUAUGCGGACACAUAGCCGCAGUCGCCGUCUUCUUCGACACCGACCAAAGAGCGUAUGAUGCCAAAUGUGUUGACCUCGCCGAUAAUAUUUCGGGGCUUCUUGGUAACGCUUUUGGAGCUUCGACGAAAUUCAGAAAGUAGCCACUUGUAGAUUAUUUCAACACCGAAUUGGACCUAAUUAUUUCGCCCCCGAGUCGGUGGCUUAUUUCGUCUUGUAAAACACUCCUCGUCAGGCCGUUGCGAAGCA